UUUUUCAUCUUUGCUUUCUUUGCAUGGAUUUCUCCUCCCAAACAUAGUAUAAGUCACAUACAAGAGUUGGUUUUUUUCUAUUCUCUCUUUUAUUUUAUAGUAGUAUUUCAAUUUCUUCCUUGAUGUUCAUGGCCAUCAUUUGCAACAAAGUUUCUUGCUAUUUGAUUCUUUCUUCAAGUUUCAACUACCCUACAGCUGCUACCACUUCUAGUAAGUGCAACAAGAAAGAUAGAUAGUUAGAGAUAUCAAGAGAGAGAAAGAGCAACAGAAAUAUAGACUCUCUCCUCUCCUUAGUUCCUAGCUAACUCAUCAGAUCUCCAAGAUCAAAACAAUCUCCUUCAGCCUUUUAAUUUCACCAUGGAGAAAGAGCACACCUGCAAGUUUUGCAGCAAGAGCUUCCCAUGUGGGAGAUCACUUGGAGGCCACAUGAGGUCCCAUCUGAUCAACAACACUCCUCCACAAGGCCAUCAUCCCGAGAUGCGGCCUCUGAAGAAGAAACUCCCACCUCUCACCAUGGCUUGCAAGGAAUGUGGCAAGACCUUCCCAUCAUGGAAGGCCUUGUUUGGCCACAUGAAAUGCCACUCUCCGAACAACGGAGGAGUUCUUGUCAUGGACAGCCAAUCCGACAACGAGGCAGGGACCACGCCCCCGUGCAAGAGGAAGAGAUCGGACAGGACCAUCACUACAAGGUACAACAACAACAACAACACAUCCAUCACAAAUUCUUCCUCUUCCCUCACCAUAGCAACAACAACAACUGAGAUCAACGAUGACGACGACGAUGAUGAUCAACACAACGAGCAAGAGGAGGUGGCCUUGAGCUUGAUCAUCCUCUCAAGGGACAAGAGCUACUGGGGAGACAUUGAAGGCAAGAAUUCAAAACUCGACCCGAAAAGUAUUGGUGUAGAAAGCUUGCAGAAGCUCAAGCCUCCGAGAGUCGAGACCAAGACAAGAAAACUCGAAUCACUAAACAACGAAACUGAGGUUGGAUAUGAUGAGUUUGAAGUGAACUCUCCCAAGAAGUUGAUCAAGAGAAGGCAUCAUGAUCAGUUUGGGAGAGAGAGAGAGGCAUCAAGAGAGGGAAACAGCAACAGCAAGUUUAGAUGCUCAAUCUGCAAGAAGGAUUUUCGAUCAUACCAAGCAUUAGGCGGUCACAGAGCGAGUCACAAGAAGUUCAAAGGCUGCUGCGCUCCGAGAAGCAGCCUAGAAACAGAGGAUUCACAUAGCCAGAAAAGCAAAGAGCACGAGUGCCCGGUUUGCUUCAAGGUUUUCCCAUCGGGCCAAGCUCUAGGCGGCCACAAGAGGUCCCACUUGAUCGCGGAUCAAGCCAAGGCGUCUCCCCCUCAUCAGACGGCCGACAGAGCCUUUCUUGAUCUCAACUUGCCUGCUCCUACUGAGGAGGAGGAAUGUGGUGAGUUCGAGCCGUGGUGGAUUGGGGGCGCCGCACGCAUCGGCCUACUCUCCACUUCAUGAUCGUGGAAUUCACUCACACAACUCACAAAUGUACAAAUUCUUAAUUCUUUACAUAAUUUUGAUUUUUUUAAAAAUCUAUUCUAUUGAUUAGGCCAGUGGAGUAAAACAAAUUUUACAUUGCAGUUUUCCUAUGGAAUUCUUGUUGACAUGUUGUUGUCACAGUUUUAACAUGUAUGGAAUAUGUUACAUUUGGUCAUUUUCUGCAAUUCUAUUUGUGUUUGGACAUACAUA